CUCUCUGGCUGCUCUGGCAUAUUUGAGAAGGUCUGUUUCCCUGGUCCUUCUGGGUUUCCACCAAUUGGCAGGAAGGGAUCAGCCUGUCCUAGAGAUCACUCCUCUGCCAAAGAUCCCAACGAAACAACAUGGCUCCCAAGAAGCCUGAGCCUAAGAAAGAGGCCGCCAAGCCAGCUCCAGCUGCAGCCCCUGCACCAGCCCCUGCCCCAGCUCCUGAGGCUCCCAAGGAACCUGCCUUUGACCCCAAGAGUGUAAAGAUAGACUUCACUGCCGACCAGAUUGAAGAGUUCAAAGAGGCCUUUUCAUUGUUUGACCGGACCCCAACUGGAGAGAUGAAGAUCACCUAUGGCCAGUGUGGGGAUGUACUGCGGGCCCUGGGCCAGAACCCUACCAACGCCGAGGUGCUGCGCGUGCUGGGCAAGCCCAAGCCCGAAGAGAUGAAUGUCAAGAUGCUGGACUUUGAGACAUUCUUGCCCAUCCUGCAGCACAUUUCCCGCAACAAGGAGCAGGGCACCUAUGAGGACUUCGUGGAGGGCCUGCGUGUCUUUGACAAAGAGAGCAAUGGCACAGUCAUGGGUGCUGAGCUUCGGCAUGUCCUUGCCACCCUGGGAGAGAAGAUGACUGAGGCUGAAGUGGAGCAGCUGUUAGCUGGGCAAGAGGAUGCCAAUGGCUGCAUCAAUUACGAAGCCUUUGUCAAGCACAUCAUGUCAGGGUGAAGCAGUCUUCCAGGUGCCUGGCCCUUGGCCCUAGCCAUACCAGGGUGAGUUAGAGAGAGGCCCCGGAUGGCUGAGCUGAGAUGGAGUCCUCAACUUAUCACCACACCACUGCCCCAAGGACCUUACAGGCCCUUCCUGUUAAUAAACAGCUCUCAUACGGCCAGGCUGGGCUCUGGGAUUCU